AUGGCUGCCCGCGUUGACGAUUCAAAGUCGUCUUUGCAACGCCUUCUCUCUCUGGACAAAUCCUUCGAUACCUUUGACGAGCGUGUUCAAGAAGCCGCUCGCAUUCUCAGCAUUUCCUUGGACCCUCAAUCCGACGUCGCAUCCCCCGUACACACCUCCAGCGCCCAUACUGCUCGUCUCGACUUUGUCCUCCGCUGGCUGCUUGAAAAGCUCUCUGCCCGGUCAGAGAACAGCCAAUGCCUUCCAUCAUGGAUCCUCUUGCGUCGCAUCCUUGAGCGCAUGCCGUCUGCUGCUCUGGCAAAGUCAUUGUCGGCUGCUGGUCCUCUGAACACCUUCUCCAAUGCCCUCGCCCACCUCUUCCCGUCCACUUCUACCCGAGUCUUGGAUGCCACCGAUGACGGCAAACGCUCCAGCAAGAAGAGAAAGAGACAAAGUGCUGCCAAUGAUACAACAUCUGCUCAUCCCGCACUUAUCUUUAGCGAAAUCCUGGCCUCGAUACGUCUUUUGAUCUCUCGUUCAAUUCAGACCCCGUCUGCAAUGGAUGCGGCAUCCGAGAAUCGCGUUCACGCCCUUCUCCGUCUUGAUCAUGCAGAUCUCGUCCGCUUCGUCAAGUACACCCUGUACGGCUUGUUGAGCCUACACUCCUCCCAAAGUAUGGCCAUUUCUCUCGCCGCCUCUUCAUUGGCUCUGAUUCAAGAUCUGGCCAUCCUGCAACCCAACGCUGUAGUCGACCCUUCGGACAUGUCCUUCUGCACCGAGUGUUUAUGGCCUGCCGCUCUUCUUCUACAUACUCUAAACUCGGACGAUACCUCUUCAGAACACUCACAACACGCCGUCCGUUCCCUCGACCGUUUAUUGGCCACCCACCUCUUCGUACCAGCAAGAACUGCUUUCUACAGCUCCAAGGCCGUUACACAAAAGAAGCGAUCACAACUAGAACUCCCCGGAUUGGCGCAAAGAAUGGAGUCUCUGCGCUCACAAAUUGUGGCUCUGAACGAGGACAGUCCUAAUUCUUCCAAGCGGGCCCAACUUUCUCAUGCCUAUGCAUGUGUACCGCUAUUGCUGGAUCUGGCUGUUCGGUGUGCACCAAUUGCUAGUCCUAAGCAGAGGAUUGUAGAAGCACCAUGGAUUCAUCUCGUCUUUACAACGUUGUCGGACAUCAUAUCGGUAUCUGACAGAGGUUCAGACGCUUCUGUUAUCAACCAGACCUUGAUUCACAUGCUUGACGUACUGUCAGAUAAGAGUCUGGUGCUCGAUACUGGUGUGUUGAGCGAUAUCCUGGAUCAGCGAUGUAAUCUUUCAGUAUCAUUAAGCAGCUCCUCUCAAGCGCUACCCGACUUCCCACUUGUUGCUAGGAUUCUCAACAUGAACUCUAGCAUUUUCACCGAUGUUGAUGCUGCUCCAGCCAAGAACUUGUUCGAGGCACUAACAAAUAACGGAACAGCAGAGACGUCGAAGAUCUCGAAUGCGGUCUCCACAGACGAUUGGUCAAACCCUCGCAACAUAUGCUACAAAAUUGUGUUACCUCUGAUGCAUGCCUUUGCUCGCGCACGCCAUCUUCCCGCCUUCCUCGAUCAAUGGGCCGCUUGUCUCAGCACACAGAUAUCAGCCAAAAUGUCAGGGUGGCUUCUUUGGGCUGACGCGUCCUUGGAAGAGUCGUUGAGAUCUGUCCUGGAGACUUCGUUGACAUCUGCACAAAUCUCGGAACUGCUGGAAUCCCGCCAGGAUGCCUUGAAUCGGGCUGUCACAUCUUCAUCGAUUUCCAGCCCCCAGACCUUGGCGAACAUCGUCUUGCUCACCGCGAUCAUCGGUGCUGUAAAGACUGAUGCCACCAUCGACACUCUCCUGCCUCAUCUAGAAUCGCUCCUGUCUGCUUUGGAGAAGGCCUUCAUCCAGGCUACAGAGAGCAACAGUACCCUCUCUGCCCACAUGAUUGGUCUGUGUUCACGGAUCUACCAGCUUUGGUACCCAAUUUGGUCGACGUCCAAGACGAGUGCCGAGGUUCAGACGAGGAAUGCAACACUUCUAGAUGGGCCAGUCACACAAUUCGCCUUGCAAAAGAUCCAAAGUGGCUCAAAGGCGAAGUCGGGUGCUACUGCUGGCACUGUAUCCGAUGUCGAUUCUGCAUUCGUAUUCAUUGCUUCGAUAUGUGACAUGCAGCGGCGUCUGACAAGCCAUGAAUCAGAUUACGCACACUUGUUCUGCCGUGCAGCCUUGCCUUCCAAAGACGGAAGCAAAUCCUCUAGUUACGCUUCGCAACGUCCCUCCGCUUUUCUGACAGUUCUCACUGGGUUUCCGGAACUCUUGACCUGCAUUCCUACGACUGAGAGAGUCCAACUCUUUAAGGAUCUGUUCGGCGGAUUCUUUUCUGAGUCGUCAUCCUCAAAUUCAGUGCUAGUCGAGUUUCUUGACGCAGUAUUCGCAACUAGUGACAUUCCGACAAAAGAUGACCUUUUCACCGUAGUCUGUGAGACAAUCGAGAGCUCAGCUGCCUCGGGGUCGUGGCUUACGAUACUUCUCCAAUGGCCCUUGAAAGGAUUUUCCCGUCAGCAGCGCGAGAAAAUCUUGGAUGUCACUGUAUCUCUGGUAAUACACGAGAAAACAGGUGGAAAGGCUAAGCAACAAGCUAUCGAUCUAAUUGCUGCAUUGCUUGAGCUGCCAAAUGCAACGGCCAAGAUCUCCGUGACACCCGAUGUUCUAUGGGAGCUAGCUGGAGUUACUUAUGACAGUACUUCGCUGAGCGCUUUUGACAUCGUCUGCAAGCGCCUUCUGGGACAUAUCCUCGACACCAAAGAUCAAGAUCGAAGCAAAUUGUAUUUGGAACAACUCUCCGUAUUAGUAUCCAAUUUCGUGAACAAAAAGAAAGACUUGGGCUUACCGUCGACACCCGGCAGAGUCUGGUUGACGAAUGCACUGUAUGAGACGUGCGAGAUUCGUCUGACCGAGCAAGAGCUGUCGAGACUGCCUCACCGCUCUUCUUCCGCAAUUGACUCGUUGGUCAAGCGGCUGUGGGAGACAUUAUCAAGCUCUACUGAUGGUGAGCUCAGUGCCGCUGACUUGAAAAAGGCUCAAAUCGCCAUCGAGUUGUACAUUAGUAUCCCUUCAUCUAUCUUGGAGUCUGGCGGUUCUUCGACGGAGAAAUACGCAAAACGCUUCGCCAAAAAGUUGCGCGGGUUGAUCGAAGAACCGAAGGACGUUCCUUUGUCAAUCCAAGUGCGAUGCUUUCAGCAGUUGUCAUCCUCUGCAUCCAAAACCGAUCCCAUCGACAUAUGCACAAGUGCCGAGCGUCUCCUAACGCAAGAUAUGGACGCCGGCCAGUAUUGGCUCAUCACCGAUGCUGUCACAAAGAGUAUUUCGACAAUCGCCGAGAACGAGAAGAUUUUGUUAGCAGAACGAAUAUUGCCUGCCUCAGUGGAGAAGUGCACUACCGAAAAGGUCAUGUUGGUUAGAUGCAUCAUAUCAGCCAUGCAUGGUUCUCGCAAGCAAGCAGUGGCUCUCUCAGAAUCCGGUUCGGUGCCUGUGUUGGUGUCGUUGCUGAAGCUUCUGAACUCUUGUUCCGAAUACAGAGUUCACCAGCAAUUAGUCGCAUGCAUCGUUACUGUAUUGAGAGAACAGCCGAACCUUGUUACACAAUACGCUGCGGAGAUGAGUAUCGCUACCGUCAUCACGCUUGCAUCGCCUUCGUCGCCCGUCAAAAGUGUCAAGCAACCGACUUUGAUGUUCGAAGGUCUCUGCACAAUUACUCAGAGUCUCUUACAAUUCCACCGCUCCAGUCUAGGUGGUCGCUUCCAUCUUCUUGUACCUCUGAUGCAAAGGCUUCUUGCCUGUCUGUUCCUUCCUAGUAGCAGAGAUGCGGGAACAGUCAACAGAUUCAAGCAUCCCGCAUGGCUCGACCCGACAAAUGCUUCGUUGGAUCUCAAGCACGCUCAAAGAUAUUCAAGACUUCUCGAAAACCUGUGCAACCCACCACAGCUCAACGUCUCAAGCAACCGAGCAAAGGCACCAGAACUCGUCGAUGAGACACGCAAAGCCCGCAUGCACGUGGCUCAGCAUGCUCCUCACAUCCUCCACUACUACUGCACACUGAUCUUGAACGGUAAGCUAGGCGAGGGAAUGAGAGACGCCUUGAUGCCAGGCAUAUGGGCGAUCAUUGAUGUCACCGAGAUCGGUGCAGAUGAUAGUCGAGGUGUCAAGGCAUUGAGCUCUAGCAUGGGCAAUGCUGAUCGUGCCGUCUUGCGAGGCAUUUGGGAAGAUUGGCGACGAUUCGGUGGAGCUUGGAAGGGUUAG